UAUUUAAUUUUACCCGGAGGGGUUUUGGGUCUGUGAAUGGGAUAAGUUGGACAUGGCUUGAGUAACGUGUAUCCAUUAAAAGCUGAGUUUAUUACAUUCUUGGUAUUUUAAAUAUAGUUUUUAUAAAAUCUGAAAAUAUUUUUCUUGUCAUUAAACCCAUUGUCUUAAGAAAUACUAUUACAUUUGAGUCACUGUGAGCAGUUUAUCUCAUAACUCAACUAAACCUUUGAACACAAAUAUACAAUUUGGCAUUCUACAGAUAGAAAAACACAACCAAAUAGUGAUAUUUAUAUAUUUAGAUAUACUCUCUGAUGUCUCUCAAAGGUAAAGCCCGAUGAAUGUCAAUGACACUAUCUACCGACAUAUUUAAACAAAGUCAAAAGGUAAUUUUAGGAAGCCAUGUACUUGGGUUCAUGUUUUAUAUAAUUUCAUAGGUUUGAAUAUGAUUUUGUGUCAUUAUGACCCCAGGACAGUAGGAGGGUUAAGCAGCCAGAUAACCUGUGUAGCUGGGACAGAGCUCUUUAGAGGCUGCCUUUCCAAAACACACAUGACUGUUAGGAAACAGGAGUGUGGCUGUUGGAGCAACCCCUGCAUGACCACAUAGAUGCCCUGGGUGAAUGUAAGAAACAGAACACCUCCAACUCCAGCUUGAGCUCAAUGGAAUUAAGGAUGAUUUGGUUGGCAGCACUGCAAAUGUCUGUGUGGACAAAAACAUGACAUUCAAAUCUAGGUAUACGUGCGGAAGAUGCUAGAGCAGAUUUGAAAUGAUCUAUUCUAAUAUCAUCUUUCAAUAAAGAGAUAUUAUGAGAGUUUAGUAUGGAGAGAUGAUAGCUUUUGUCCCAUUGGUGGGUGACCCAACUGGGUGACCCACAUUGACCAAUCAAAAUAUUUCUGAUUUACAUUUUCCCAGCAUGCCUCUUUCCUUUGUCCAAAAAUGUGAAAGCAAGGCAAAACAUGGUAUACUAGCCACUGAAUUAUGGUAAUAGAUGUAGUUAUUUGCUUUAUGGUUGUAAAUAAAAGCCGGGAUACAAAUUGUUUUCACACACCAUGACAUGUAAUUUCCUAAUCUUGCUGUAUGUACAUAGCUGAGUUAAUCAGAUACCUAUUUUCAGUGGGCGGAAGCUCAUUGUAGAGGUCACGUGCAGAGUGCUGAUCACUCCAACCAAUUACCUUGGGGAAGGUCUGAGAUAAGAGCCAAUUACUGUCCUAGCAGGAUGUCACCUGACAUGGGUGAGUGAGUGCACAGAAACUGGGCUGUUGUGAGCUAAAUCAUAGGAGAAACUAGUUGCUACCGAAUACGUGCAACUGGUGGAUAUGAACUCACGAGCUUGGAAACACUCACGGCUGGCGAAUGAGUGCAAUGUAUGAGUUGGAGCACAGCUCCAGAACCCAAUUCAGACUACUCUCCCCCCACUUUUCAAGUUUUACUUUCUAAAAUACAGUGUCGGGACCAGUCUAAAAAUAAACAGACCACAGGCUAUUGCCGUAAAAACGUCAUUAUGCCGACUUUGUUUACACGAGACAGAUACAUUGGUUCUGGAUGACGCAAGUGCAAUUUAAGCAUUUCUGGAUGAGACAUGCGCUAUUUAAAUCCGAAUAUAAUGUCACCAAGACCGAGAUAGAAGUGAUGGUGAUGGAAUGAGCGAGUUCAAUAUUGUUCACUAUUGUUGCGAUUAUACAUUUUUAUGAUUCAUUAUUUAAUUUUACCCGGAGGGGUUUUGGGUCUGUGAAUGGGAUAAGUUGGACAUGGCUUGAGUAACGUGUAUCCAUUAAAAGCUGAGUUUAUUACAUUCUUGGUAUUUUAAAUAUAGUUUUUAUAAAAUCUGAAAAUAUUUUUCUUGUCAUUAAACCCAUUGUCUUAAGAAAUACUAUUACAUUUGAGUCACUGUGAGCAGUUUAUCUCAUAACUCAACUAAACCUUUGAACACAAAUAUACAAUUUGGCAUUCUACAGAUAGAAAAACACAACCAAAUAGUCAUAUUUAUAUAUUUAGAUAUACUCUCUGAUGUCUCUCAAAGGUAAAGCCCGAUGAAUGUCAAUGACACUAUCUACCGACAUAUUUAAACAAAGUCAAAAGGUAAUUUUAGGAAGCCAUGUACUUGGGUUCAUGUUUUAUAUAAUUUCAUAGGUUUGAAUGAUUUUGUGUCAUUAUGACCCCAGGACAGUAGGAGGGUUAAGCAGCCAGAUAACCUGUGUAGCUGGGACAGAGCUCUUUAGAGGCUGCCUUUCCAAAACACACAUGACUGUUAGGAAACAGGAGUGUGGCUGUUGGAGCAACCCCUGCAUGACCACAUAGAUGCCCUGGGUGAAUGUAAGAAACAGAACACCUCCAACUCCAGCUUGAGCUCAAUGGAAUUAAGGAUGAUUUGGUUGGCAGCACUGCAAAUGUCUGUGUGGACAAAAACAUGACAUUCAAAUCUAGGUAUACGUGCGGAAGAUGCUAGAGCAGAUUUGAAAUGAUCUAUUCUAAUAUCAUCUUUCAAUACAGAGAUAUUAUGAGAGUUUAGUAUGGAGAGAUGAUAGCUUUUGUCCCAUUGGUGGGUGACCCAACUGGGUGACCCACAUUGACCAAUCAAAAUAUUUCUGAUUUACAUUUUCCCAGCAUGCCUCUUUCCUUUGUCCAAAAAUGUGAAAGCAAGGCAAAACAUGGUAUACUAGCCACUGAAUUAUGGUAAUAGAUGUAGUUAUUUGCUUUAUGCUUGUAAAUAACAGCCUGGAUACAAAUUGUUUUCACACACCAUGACAUGUAAUUUCCAAAUCUUGCUGUAUGUAUAUAGCUGAGUUAAUCAGAUACCUAUUUUCAGUGGGCGGAAGCUCAUUGUAGAGGUCACGUGCAGAGUGCUGAUCACUCCAAUAAAUAACCUCGGGGAAGGUCUGAGAUAAGAGCCAAUUAAUGUCCUAGCAGGAUGUCACCUGACGUGAGUGAGUGCACAGAAACUGGGCUGCUGUGAGUUAAAUCAUAGGAGAAACCAGUUGCUACCAAAUACGUGCAACUGGUGGAUAUGAACUCACGAGCUUGGAAACACUCACGGCUGGCGAAUGAGUGCAAUGUAUGAGUUGGAGCACAGCUCCAGAACCCAAUUCAGACUACUCUCCCCCCACUCUUCAAGUUUUACUUUAUCAAUCCACGUCCAUCGAGGAUGCAUCCGAUGGUGACUUGGUCAGCGAGAACGCAUCUGAUUUUCCCAGAAGUCAUUGUAAGAACACACGCAUCUCAAAUCGUUCUCCGUUCUCACAAGACAGCCACAGUGUCCAGAACAAGAGUCUAAAAAUAAACAGAUCACAAUCUAUUGCCGUAAAAACAACCCCUCCCUCAUUAUGCUGACUUUGUUUACAGCUUCUGGACAAAUCGCUUCUGGACGACGCAAGCGCAGUUUAAGCUUUUCUGGAUGGGACAUGCGCAAUUUAAACCCGAAUAUAAUCGGAACAAGGCCGAGAUAGAAGAGGUGAUGGAAUGAACGAGUUCACUAUUGUUGCUUUUAUAAAUGUUCAUUAUUAUGAUUCAUUAUUUAAUUUGACCUGGAGGGGUUUUGGGUCUGUGAAUGGGAUAAGUUGGACAUGGCUUGAGUAACGUGUAUCCAUUAGAAGCUGAGUUUAUUACAUUCUUGGUAUGUUAAAUAUAUAGUUUUUACAAAAUAUGAAAAUAUUUUUCUUGUCAUUAAACCCUCUUAUUGUCUUAAGAAAUACUAUUACCUUUGGGUCACUGUGACUUGGGGCCAGUUUAUCUCAUAACUCAACUAAACCUUUGAACACAAAUAUACAAUUUGGCAUUCUACAGAUAUAUGUGUAGAAAAACACAACCAAGUAGUCCUAUUUAGAUAUGUAGAUAUACUCUCUAGUGUCCUUCAAAGGUAAAGCCAGACGAAUGUCAAUGACACUAUCUACCGACGGUGACCCACCUGGGUGACCCACCUGUUAUUGAACAUAUGCAACAAGAUAACUGUUCUGUCCUGUUUUGGAAAAGGUUUAGUGGUGUGACUCCAGGUGUUGCUGAUUGGUCAGCCCCACGCUUGUGACCCCCGAUAUAACUGUGACAGUUAUAUAAGUCCAUGUGAACGUGUCCACACAUCUACACCGCAAACCUCCGUUUUAAUAUUCUAUUCAGAUAGUGCUAAUCAGGAGAUAACAUUAUUAGAGGUCUGUUUUGUGAAUUGUGUAAUAAAUAUAUAUAUUUAUUAUUAAUAAUUUUGUUGUGUCUUGUGUUUAGUUCAUACGAGACAGGCAUCUUUAGUAAUUCAUUAAAAGUCAGAAUAUAAUGAAGCUUACUAGAUACUUAAUAUACAGUAUACUAGACAGAUACAUACUUACAUACAUGGAGAGGUUAGAGUUACGGUCAGAAUACAGUUGGUCAAAGAUUAGGGGGGAGGGUUGUAAAGUUGAUCAGAGAUUCAUGGUUGUGUCUUUGUUUUGAGGUCAUGUCCCCAGCCCUGCUGCUUUCACAGCACACAGGCUGGGUGCCCCCCGUGUGCGUUCAGUUGUUGUCAGUAACCGUGGCAACCAUGCUCUACAUAACCCUGGAUCUGAGGGCACAUGGCCACUCUGGCGAUAAGGCCCAGAGGGGAAUACUGGGAAAAUUAGUGGAUCAGAUAACGCAUGGCCUCUCCUCUCAGGUGGGUCAGAAACAUGUGAGCCACAGCCCAGCAUCAGCACUCAUGGCUCGGUGCAUUGUCCAACACACAUGCCCUGAGAGGCCCUAUCUGUGUAACACGCAACCCACACACUUACCUGAUCCCAUUCAUACUGACACAAACUUGCACUAUUUGACUGUCUGUCUGUGCGUGUGAGCGUGGGUGUGUCCAGAACCUCUCGGUCAGAGCACGUUGAAGGGGUGCAUGUGAUUUUUUUAGGGCAGUGGGAGGCAGGAGAUCCUUCGUGUUUGCCAUGGCAGAUAAGAGAUCCAGAAGGGAUCAGUGUGGAUUAAGUCCCUCCAUAAAAAGAGCAAUGGGCGCUUCUGGGUCCACGGAGACCUCUUUAUCCUCCAGAGAACUGCACAGGAGAGCAAAGUCCUCCACCAUCCCUGAGAAGAACAGACGUCCAAGCCAAGGGAAGAGAAGACAAGGGUGUUUGGAAGUCGGAGCAGAGUGUCAGUGAAUGGUGUGUCUGUGUGUGGAGACAGCAUGUUGGGUGUGUUCACCUGUGGGCUGCUGGGUGUGUUGAUGGGGGCCAUGGGAGUGGUGUGUGACUGCAUGCUGGAGAAUUACACCCUGCUCAUCGAGAAACAUGGAUGCGAUCAGUGUAUGGCGGUCAACACCACUAUCUGCAGCGGCUUCUGUCACUCCCAGGAUACCAACGUUAAGGGGCGGGUGGGUAAGAGCUACCUGAUCCAGCAGGGUUGCAUGCCCCACACUCUGGCCUAUCUGGCAGCCCAUGUGCCAGGCUGCCAACAGAACAUCAGCUCCCUGCUCUACUACCCCGAGUCCCGAAGCUGCCAUUGUGCCCGCUGCGAUGGACACACACACCACUGUGUCCACAGGCGCCAGGCCCACCCUAUCCCCAGCUCCUGCCCCUUCAGGCAGCCCGCGAGGAGGAACAGAACGCGUGCAGGCAAGAGGAGCCGUCCCUCCAAGAACUGAGGGCAGAUUUUGGAAGCAUUCUACCUCUUACUUACUGCAAGGAUACAUGGCUUGGGUUUACCCAUACUGAGCUAAGCUGUACUGUGUUGUAAACCUUUUGCUGGUAAAAUAGGUAUUUGGGUUGUAGUAUUGUAUAUUUAUGAAACAGUCUGUGUUGAGCCUUUAUUUGUACGUUUUGAAGUGUUCAGUUCUGAUAAAUUGGAGCUUGAUACACUGGCAUGUUUUUCAUUACAAUAAUAAUAAUAACAGGCAUUUGACCUGAACAGUGAAGCUUUAGAUGCAUUACAGUCCGAAGUAGGUCGUAUUGGUGAACCUACAGGGCUAGUGUAUAAAUGCCAUUUUGUAAUACCUUGAUUUUAAGACUGUUUAACUGUUAUCUGUUUUAAUUUAUAUCAAGCUCUUUGGUAAAGAAACUUUUAUGAUAUAGGUAACUCUUACAUGCUUUAAUGCAUUCACAUUGGCAAUAUUGUUUUGUCAUGUUGUGGUCAGCUAACAAGCAUUUAUUCAAUAUCAGUUGUGUUGAAAAUAUCAGUUCAUUAAAAUAAAGAUUAUUCUGCUGCACAUUAAGUUUAGUUAAAUUAAUUGAGGAUUAAUCCUAUUAAUUAAUAGGAUUAUUUAAAUGAGUACAUGAU